CGACAUGGAUGACAAAGUGAAGCAACAUUAUCUGGCUGACUCGCCUCCCUCGGUAGUCCGCUUAGAAAUUAAGACACAUUUCGAUAAUCUAAAGGAUGCAACGCUGCGUAAAUAUGCGCAUUAUAUGAGCCGCGCCGCCUUUGAAGGAACUCGAAUCACACUUCGCCAGGUUUCUCCAGAGUCUGAACCCAUCUAUGACCUCAUCGUUGAACUUCAUCGGACCUGCAAUGGAGACUGGAAUGAUCUUGCUCGGAGAACCAAUGUCAGCGAUGAGCAUCUUCGCUACUUCCUGGAAUAUGCCGCGCAGUUUCUCGGCAACUGUGGCAACUAUAAGGGCUUUGGCGACUCUAAGUUUAUCCCCCGUUUGCCCGUUGAGGCCUUCCAAGCUUUAGCUUCUGCCUCCCCCAAGACAAAGGAGGCCUUCAGUCGGGCCAACAGCACAGGAGGUGGCAUCUAUGAGACAAAUGUACAAUCGCUUAUGCACUUGGGUUACGCAGAGGGAAAUUAUAUGACUACGUAUUAUCCUGAUUCGCCGUCAAUCACCAAAGAAGAAAUCACAGCCGUCGGUGACUUUUUGGAGCAGAAAGACUUGCCAUUGGAGAAUACGCGACUGAAGAAAACAGAGUCUGGGGACUUCGAACUUCUAAUCGCUUCCGGUGUUUCGUCACCCCCGGCACGGGACCGAGAUUUGGGCGAUGUCGAUAGCUUCGAUCUCGAUGGCAAGUUGAAGGGCCACAAGCUUCGCCUCGUCUUUGGCGAUCAUCGAGAGGAGAUGGCCAAGGUCGCGCACAGUAUCAAGCAGGCUUCUCUGCAUGCUGCCAACGAUAAUCAGAAGCGGAUGCUGGAUGCCUACGCUCUCUCAUUUGGUUCUGGCUCCAUCGAGGCAUUCAAGGAAAGCCAGCGGAUCUGGGUAAAGGACCAGAAGCCAGUAUUGGAGACCAAUCUGGGUUUCGUCGAAACCUACAGGGACCCUCAUGGGGUGAGAGGAGAAUGGGAAGGAUUCGUUGCUCUGGUCAAUUUGGAGAGAACCCGCGCUUUCGGUAAGCUGGUUGACAGUGCUGAGACCAUGAUUCCUAAAUUACCGUGGUGUAAAGAGUUUGAGAAGGAUAAAUUUCUCAGCCCCGACUUCACGUCUCUUGAGGUGUUGAGCUUCCAAUGCUCUGGCCUCCCCGCUGGAAUCAAUCUUCCCAAUUAUGAUGACAUUCGGCAAACCCUUGGAUUCAAGAACGUUUCCCUUGGGAAUGUUCUCAGUGCUAAAGCACCCAACGAGCCCAUCCCAUUCAUAGCCGAUAAAGACCUCAAAGUGUACAGCGAAAACCGUGAUGCUGCGUUUGAGGUUCAGGUUGGCAUUCAUGAGCUGCUUGGUCAUGGAACUGGAAAGCUACUGCAAGAGACGUCUCCUGGAGAAUAUAAUUUCGACAUUUCCAACCCUCCUGUAAGUCCCGUGACUAACAAGCCUGUCACAACGUGGUACAAACCUGGCCAAACCUGGGGCUCCGUGUUCGGGGCUGUCUCUUCGUCUUAUGAGGAGUGUCGUGCAGAAUGCGUUGCAAUGGUGCUUAGUUGCGACUUUGAGAUUCUCAAGCUCUUCGGGUUUGGCGACGGCCAAGUGGACCUUACGAACAAUGCUGGUGAUGUUCUCUUCGCGGGUUACUUGUCGAUGGCUCGCGCCGGUUUGGUUGCGCUCGAAUUUUGGGAUCCCAAGACCCAGAAGUGGGGACAGGCUCACAUGCAGGCCCGCUACAGUAUCUUACGAACCUUCCUCGACGCUGGUGACGAUUUCGUCAAGCUUUCCUACAGCAAACCGGAUCUUUCAGAUCUAGAGAUUCACCUGGAUCGGUCGAAGAUUCUGUCACAUGGCCGGCCGGCUGUGGAGAAAUACCUGCAGAAGUUGCAUGUGUAUAAGAGCACUGCGGACUUCGACUCAGGCAAGAAGCUUUAUGAUGAGAUCACCUCCGUUGAUGCGUGGUGGGGCAAGGAAGUCCGCGAGGUGGUGUUGAAGAAUAAGGUUCCUCGCAAGAUCUUCGUCCAGGCGAACACCAUCCUCAACGGAGAGGAGGUGACACUCAAAGAGUACGAACCUACCCUCGAGGGUAUCAUCCAGACCUCGGCAGCAUAUUUAUUCUUUACGCUAGGUCUCAGCCAUCAGAUGAAUUAUAAUCAACCCGUGUCCAGGGCCAGAGCAUAUGCGGGUACAAAAUUUGCCAAAUCAACUAAAUCAAGCGAUAAAGAUGACUCACGCUGUUUGUAUUCAAGGCAAGCCCGCUCACCUCCUGAUUCUGCCACAGACCUCGUCACCUUGUCGUGGUUACCGAAUUCCUCUGGCUCGCCUCCCACGGCGCGGCCGCAUCAUCAAACGACGGACUCCGUAACGGAAGACCAGGACGAGGACGACUUCGACUUCUAUACUGCACCACCACCCCACUCUCCUUGCUCGGAGGCUUCCACUUCCAGCUUUUUUUCGUCCAAUCCUCCUCCUUUCUCGUCUCUUGUUUUCGUCGCGGCGUCGGAAUCCAAUCGCGCAAAGGAUACUGUCACACCGUCCGGCUCCACCCUCACCCCAGCUCUCGUUCAUUCCCUACUCGACGAGGGUCUCAGACCGGAACCAUCAACAUCGCUAGUCGCCGAAGUUAAAGCCUCACUCUCUCGAGACAUCAAACCAGAUUCCUCAGCGAAGGCAGCGGAAGAAGGCGAGCCACCUCCACCAUAUACCGAAGGAUCAAGUCCACUCGAGUCUUUCACGUACGUCAUGGCUGCAGCAGGAGGCGCGUCGAGUAUCAUCACCCAGGUACAACAGGCUGGAGGGCCGCCGAUCAAUACAUUAGGAGACAUUGGUGGCGAUGAGCACAUUACUCUAGACCUUAGAGGUACUCGAUUUACACUUUCCCGCGAUGAGUUGUUGACUUUGCCGGAAUUUGUUCUUCUGUCAUUGUUUCCGAACGGCCUCCUCCCUGAUGGACAUAUGGGCACUUUCCAUGAAGGUGACAUUUACCCUGUUGACUACGAUCCGGCUUCUUUACAGUACAUGCUGGAUUUCUUCCGCUCGGUUGCCCAGUCAAUUCCGUCUUCUUCGCCUUCCCCUUCGACCUCCCAAGAUGUGGAUGUGCCUCCCGAUUCCAUGCAGGCAUCUGCCAGGGACAUGCUUCAAGAUCGGGCUGGCAUCAUUGUCUUGCGCGAAGAUCUAGACUUUUACGCGAUACCUCCUCGCCCUGACAUAGAUCAUGCAGAGAUGAUGGAAGUCAAGCGCGCGGCCGCGAAAGCUCUGCUGAAGCAGGAUGGAAUAUUCUCUGGUUUGAGGAAAAGCGACGAAGCAGGUUCAACGGAACAGCAUCUGAUUGAGAUGCUUACUGCAGGCGGGUUCGAUCGUGAUGAUCGAUGGGGCCAUCGUGCCCCGGAGCCUAAUAAAGCAGUCAUUUGUAGCUUGGCAUUAGCCAAGCUUCGAACUGACAUUCGAAGUGAUCUGGAGAAUAACAACGCGGUGGGAAUGGCUCAAAAGCUCCUUCUCUUUUGGCGGAAACCAGCAAGGAGAUGUUGGUGGGAAGGCGUUGAGCUACAUGAUGUCGAAGGGGUAGACGGCGAGGUUAAAAUCUGGAUUCGGCGAGUAUGGACACUGGAAAUGAGCGUAAUUGGGCUCCGGUAGCCAGAGGCAGUAAUUUUUCUCCUUCUUGUUUAUUACAUUUUCCCAAACAUCUAUAGAGAUUGUCCUCAGCCGUAAAUCGCAUCUGUCUCCCCACGUUGUUGGUGCAUGUUAGAUCUUUCACGCGUGAAGUUGGCGACUUCCCGCGAAAUCCUGAGUCUUCUCAACUACCGCAUGGUAUGCAAGGGAAAUGAGCCGUCGCUUCUUAUGUAGGUUUUUCGCAUUGAUUGUGAGACCUCUGUAAUGAUUCUCAACAAGGUAGCCUGAAAAUGUCGGCUUUUACAAGGAGCUUCAG